AUGAAGAUGGAAAAGCAAGAGCAGAGCAGAGUAUUUAUACUGUUGAGCGAGCAAUUGAUUGCAAAGAGAAAACAGUCCAAGACCAAAAAGGAAACCCAAUAUAAAAGCGAUUAUAAAAGCGAUUAUAUCAGCUCUGUGCCGAACAGCUCGUUCCUGUUUGCGAGCGCUGCGUACGUGCAUGGCUUAGCGAACGCUAUUGUUGGGAAGAUAUAA